CAAUGCUCGUGGCCUACAUCUGGAGACCUUUCACUACAGACAAAGCGGGACGGGAAGGAUGUUAUCAUUCCACUAGCUCCACCCAUUUUCGUGAGUGUUACCACAUAUACUUGCAAAAUACACUGAAAUCAAAAUAAACGUUUGGCAGGUUACUCCUGACAAUUGCGUUGAUAUCUCUGCAUUUAUCAAAAGCGGACAAAAUGCCUUUUCGGUGGUCCAACAGAGCGACAUGUCAGACUACAUGUUUAUUCUCCACGCCCACCAUCCCACGCCUGUGCAACUUAGCUAUCUUGCUUCCUGCAGACAGAGGCGUGAGGAUUGGGUGAAAAUCACGCGUGCUUUUAGCAUAUCCGAACCAACGGAAUCGUUAUGGAGGCGAUCGCAAUCGUAGUCAUAAGG